AUGUCCGGCUACGAAACGGUGCUCUUUGUAGCACGCGAGUGCUUCGUGUAUCGUGUGCCUCCACGCUCUUCAACGGCAGGCUACAAGGCGGGCGAAUGGGGUGAUAUGGAAGCGUUCCUGUGGAAAGGUCGUCUGCGCAUCAUGGAGAUCUCCGACUCGGCGACCUGCUCGAUCCGCCUGGAAGACAGCGAUUCGGGCGAACUCUUCGCUGAAUGCCCCUACGACGUGACCGGAACCUCGGUGGAGCCCGUACUCGAUUCUAGCAGAUACUUUGUGCUGAGAGUCGAAUCGCAAGGUCCAGACGGCAAGAAGAAGAAGGCAUACAUCGGCAUGGGUUUCCAAGAUAGGAGCGACAGCUUUGACUUCAACGUCGCACUUCAAGAUUGGACAAAACGGCAGAAAGCAGCCGCCAAUCGAGCCUCGAAUCCUUCCAACGACGACGACAGCACACUCAUCGACGACGGUCCGUCUCCACAUCUCCCCACCGGUCCAAAGAAGGACUUCUCGCUCAAGGAAGGCGAGACCUUUGCGAUCAAGCUGCCAGGCGGUGGUGGCCGAAAGAUCACCUCUGGCUCCGGUUCCUCGUCAUCAGGACUCGGUGGAAUGUUCGGUGGCGGCGGACCGCUACUGCCUCCACCACCAAGCAAGAAGAGGUGA